ACGAUGCACUUGAAUGUGUGUUUAGAGAGGCCGGAUUUAGGGCCAUUAAAAAGAAGUGUAUGAAUGGCGGUGUCGGUAGUUUAUGGAACGAAUAAAAGCCGGUACAAGGGAUUACGUUUCAAAAUCCACCCAGUUUACUUUUCGUAAAAUGAUAUAAUCAUGUAGUAAUUGGACUUUUAGGGUUUAAAUUAUGCAACAAUUCGGUACUGGUGUAAUUAAUGUAUUAAAUGUUUGUUAUAAGAUCAUGGCAAUUGCUCAGCCUGUAAAUAUGGAUUUUCAUCAUUCUUGGCCAGAGAGUGCAGAAUGCCUUACCCUGGAUUUUGGACCAUUUGAAACUGUUCAUCGAUGGAAAAGAAUGCCAGAAUGUGAUGAAUUUGUGGGGGCCAGGAGGAGUAAACAUACAGUUGUGGCAUAUGAAGAUGCAAUCUACGUUUUUGGAGGAGAUAAUGGGAAGAGCAUGUUGAAUGACUUGCUUCGAUUCGACGUGAAAGAAAUGUCAUGGGGCCGAGCCUUUGUCACAGGAACGCCACCUGCUCCAAGAUACCAUCACUCAGCUGUUGUUCAUGGUACGUCCAUGUUUGUAUUUGGCGGUUAUACGGGUGACAUCCACUCCAAUUCAAAUCUGACCAACAAGAAUGAUUUGCUGGAGUAUAAGUUUCAAAAUGGACAGUGGAUUGAGUGGAAAUUCAUUGGCAGGACCCCUGUGCCCCGUUCGGCGCAUGGCGCUGCUGUUUAUGAUGGCAAGCUUUGGAUAUUCGCAGGUUAUGAUGGCAACGCCAGACUUAACGAUAUGUGGACCAUCUCAUUGCUGGGAGACUCCAAGUCUUGGGAAGAGGUGGUACAGGCCGGGGAUUGCCCCCCCACUUGCUGCAACUUUCCUGUAGCGGUGGCUCGAGAAUCCAUGUUUGUGUUCAGUGGACAAAGUGGGGCAAAGAUAACGAACAGCUUGUUCCAGUUUCACUUCAAAGAUAAGUGUUGGACACGAAUAUCAACAGAACACAUCCUGCGUGGUGCCCCGCCCCCUCCUGCACGUCGCUAUGGCCACACGAUGGUGGCAUUUGAUCGCCACUUGUAUGUGUUUGGAGGAGCAGCCGACAGCACUCUGCCAAAUGACCUUCAUUGCUAUGACCUUGACACACAGACCUGGUCUGUCGUGACUCCGUGUCAUGACUCACAGGUUCCUUCUGGACGGCUGUUCCAUGCUGCGGCUGUCAUAGGGGAGGCCAUGUACAUAUUUGGGGGCACUGUGGAUAACAAUGUCCGCAGCGGGGAGAUGUACAGAUUCCAGUUCUCGUGCUACCCCAAAUGCACAUUGCAUGAUGACCUGGGCAAGCUGCUGGAGGGGCGUCAGUUCUGUGACGUGGAGUUUGUGGUGGGUGUUGAGGAGGUUAAGAUUCCUGCGCAUCUUGCUAUGAUAGCUGCACGGUCACAGUUCCUGCGCAGUCGUAUAAGACAGGCGCGUGAGGCCAGAGACAAGCAUCUUGAAAAGUUGUUUGGGACAACUGAAGUACCAUUCAAGGAUCUGCCCCUUCUUGAAGUACGGCUUCGUGAUGCUGUCCCCGAAGCCUUCGACAUGGUGUUGAACUACAUAUACACAGACCGCAUUGACCCUACCCAGAAGACCGAAGACUCGAUGAGUAAUCGCAUUGUGCUGCUCAUGAUGGACGUGUACAGACUCGCUGUGCAGUUCCACAUGCGCCGGCUGGAGCAGUUGUGCGUGCUCUAUCUGGAGGCCACGAUCAAUCACCGCAAUGUGUUGGAGGCUCUUCACAAUGCAUCGCACCUUCAAUUGUACUUCAUCAAAGAGUUCUGUUUGAAGUUCAUUGUGAAGGAGACAAAUUACAAUCAGAUUGUGAUGAGCAAGGAGUUUGAGACCCUUGAGCAACCCCUGAUGGUCGAGAUCAUUCGACGACAACAGAUGCCACAGAUACGCUCCCUGCCAGAGCCUCAGUUUGACAGCACAGGCACAACACUUGAGCAGGAUAUGGAGGCGUUCUUGAACAGUGUCGGCAAGGAAUUCAGCGACAUCACUCUCAUGGUUGAUGGGCAUCCCAUCCCAUCACACAAGGCUGUGCUGGCUGCGCGUUGCAGCUACUUUGAGGCCAUGUUCCGUUCCUUCAUGCCCGAAGACAACGUGGUGAAUAUCCAGAUUGAGGAGAUGAUUCCAUCACUGCAGUCAUUUGAUUCGCUUCUGCGCUACAUAUACUAUGCCGCUGUGAACAUGCCGCCCGAGGACUCGCUGUACCUCUUCAGCGUAUCGCACUACUAUGGUUUCACUAACAACCGUCUGCAGGCGUUCUGCAAGCAGAACCUUGAGAUGAACGUGACGUUCGAAAAUGUGAUGCAGAUCCUGGAGGCUGCCGACAGGAUGCAGGCCACGGACAUGAAGAAAUACUCGCUGAACCUCAUUGUUCACCACUUCCCAAAGGUCGCUCGCUUGCCAAAGUUCCAGACGUUAAGCCGAGAGCUACUGCUUGAAAUUCUGGCUGCCCUGGCAGAAGAAAUGAGCGAUUCAAAGCUCUGUCAAGACAUGUCAAGUACCAGCCUCAGCAGCGAGAGCUGAGGGGUAGCAUUUCUGUCACGCCAAAUCAUCUGCGUGAUCCUGUAUGUCCUUCGCAUGGACUACUGCGUUGUCUGGUGACUAUACUGGCAGUGAUAACUUAACGUUACGGUUGUGUUGCGAUGUUAAAUGUAGGUACAAUUGUUAAUAAUAUGCAAACGUUAUAAACUUCGCUAAAUGAGCACAUUGUCGCCAAAUUUUAUGUUGGGAUACAGAAGAGUUUCGUCUGCGAAUUCGUCGUCAGAUGGGGUUGUAGGCCUGUGGAUUUCAGUGUGACCAACUGUCUUUCCUGAUACUUUCCUGAUGUUUUCCUUCAGCAUUUUUAGUGGGAAUUGGGCUGAAUCUUAAGUUGUUUGUGAUGGCAGAAAUUGUCAUCAUUCGUGUUAAAGUGACCAAGCAACAUACAAAUGAUUGCCAGUUACUCGUAACGAGUGCAAUGUUAAUUGAUGCGUUGGCAAGCGAUAAUUGCCAUUAUGCAGAUGGAAAAUUAUGUGAGUCGGGGUAUGUGUUAAAGAAUCAGGUCACUGUCAUUUGAGGUGGGAGACCUCAUAAAGUAAUGUUUAAGAUUUCAGGAAAAUGGUGACAUCAGUUUUCUUCAAAAUAGAGAAAUCUUUGUUGUAACAACCUUUGCGCUGAUGUGUAUGGGGGCAUAUAUCAUGUGCAGAGCACAGAUAUUUAAAUGUUAACAAACACCCUCCCCCCCUUGGACACACGUGCGCCUUGUGGAAUUUAAGGGAUAUGAAAUAAUAAAACAAUAACUUGUUUCUGCGUAAAAGUAUAGAACUUUCACACACGUGUAGAAACGUUCUUUUAACAUAAAAAUGGAGAACUUAUAUCCUGAUGGAUGCUGAUACCACAGCUCCAUAACUUGGUCGUCUAAUCUUACGGUGUGAUUGUAGCCAGGUAUGAAAUCAUUGAGUAUCGCACACAAAAUUAAAAUUUUAAAAAAAAUACGUUUUACGAUGGAUGUAUCAUAUAUUGUAUUGUAAGAUAGGAGUAGAUAUUGUAAUAUUGUAUGUAAUAUUUAUGUAAAAAACAUUGUCAUAUAUAGAUCUCUUAUUGUAAUGUUUUCCUGAUCUCGGACUUAGAUAUUUUGAGAGAGUUAUAAGUGGAGUAUGUUCAUUAAUAGUUUGUAAUUAAAUUAAGAGAACAGUUAUGUUAAAACAGGGUCUUUGAGAGCUUUUGUUCUUCUUUGUUAAAUUAUUUAUUGUAAUUGCUGUGGUUGCUUGGAGUAACUGAUGUAAAUCUGUUGUGAACUGUGUCGUUUGGUCUUCUAGUUUUAUCGGCUUUUGACUAGAAGAUCGGUAUGCAGAUUGUAUUAGUGAAUAGUAGUGUAUUGCGUUAUGAACUCGUAAUUAAGAUAAUUUACAUUUGCACUGACUUUAUAUGCUGGUCACAGUGGCCGCGCGGUCUGAGGCGCUUGGAUGCUGGGAGCGUUUGUUUGAAUCCUGCUCAUGGCAUGGAUGUCUGUCUGUGUUAUGCCGUCCCGUGUACAGGUAGAGGCCUCGUGACGGGCUUGUCACUCGUCCAGGGAGUCCUACCAAAUGUCUAAAUAGAUUAAGUAACCUCCGAGACCCACACUGGGUUGUAGAGCCACAGAUGAUGACGACGACUGACUUUUUAUGGGCUGUAAUGAAGACUGAACAUGUAGAAGGUAGUAGUAAGUGCAAUGCUGCUGACCUCUGUGGUUGUUAUGUACGACUUAAUAAUUUUGUGUUAUUCAUACGUAGAUUUUGUUCGCUGAUUUUAGAAAUGUGACUUUUCCAGACUGUGAAGAUGUGCUCCUCUUUUUGAUUGCAAGUUGUAAUGCCGGUUAUCUUCCUGGAAGAAUGCCCAAUAUUCGGGAUUUGUUACGCAUAUCUAAGGCUAAUUUUCACCGUCGUUUCUUAACUGAAUUCCUGAUUGCUCCUACUGAGUCUGUAUCCUGCUGCAUCGCAGUUUUGUUUACUUCUUGUCCGCGCUACACGAACUUAACUUGUCUUGGGAAUGGUUAGUUUUGCUUUCUCUUGCUCACGGCUUACAUCAAAUCAAAGACCCGUUGGCACGACGUAGAUACAGGAAUGUGUAAUGUCUCUUGGGUCCUGCGACGGUGAAAAUACCGAGUGUGCAGAGGUCAGCUUGUGGGUGUGCUGUGCCCCUUGACAUUGAUGGAGGAGUGUGGAAUAAAUUUUGGACUUAUCUACUAUAGAAAAGUAUUUCUUUAUUUGUGAGGAAGUUUAUAUUUAAGUGAAAGCAAAUUUUCUGCUCUUGAUAACUUAACAUCAGACUGCCCUUCCCAUGUCUCGGUUGAAAAUAAAUUUCAGAUUCACAUUUAAUUCGGGUAAUUUAUAUUAUUUUAAAAAAGUCCUUUGUAGAUGGCGGCCAUGAGUAAAAUCUAAUUAUCUAUAAGGAUAUGUGGCCAGUGAGUGAAUAUUAUAUUUAUGUUGUGUUUGAUUGGGAUUUUAGUGCUGUCAUCACCAAAGGGUUUUUGAACUUCGCCCAUCAACGUGUAUUCUUAAAACACCAUAGUGUUUCACAAAGUGGAUCUGUUCUAUUAUUUUAGAAAUGCUAGAUGAUGGACAAAGUCCAGAAAUCCAGUAAUGCUAAUUUAAAUGUUUGGUAUGUGUUUGUAAUUUGGAAGCAAUUGGUGUAAAGUGGUAAUAUAAAUGAACCCUUUGUACCAAAUUGUCUUCAUGACACAGUAUAGCUGUGAUUGGAUGUUGUUUCAUAUGUAGUUUGUGUGGAAGAUCCGUAUACAAGUUUACCCAAUAAAGUGCAAACAACAAAGGGAGGUCUUGUGUAAAACUGUCGUUAAAAUUCUUAUGUCAAGAUUAAGAUUGUUCGACAGUUUUCUGUAAUACUAUCAAUAUUCAAUUAAAUUAAAAUUUACUUUUGUGUUUCCAAG